CCCGGAGAUGGAUGCUGCCUGCUGCAGCUCGUGAGCUUCUGUUGAGCUGACGCUUGUUGAUGCCGCCGCAGCUCGUGCUGCCAUUUCCAGACCUUCAGCUCGCACUAGUUGUUCGCGAUCACCAGCGCGUGCUUGACCGUGCGGUGAACACCGGUCCCCGCUGCUUUGGAUCCCUUCAACAACCGCGACCAUAAAAAGGACGGACACUGUCAUCCAGCGAUACCCACCGUAUACCGUCUCUGUCUCCCGGAGUAGACGGGGAGAGGGGGUCCAGUGCCGUCCGCAGCAUGAGCAUGGACCCCCUGGCCAAGCCCUGCCCGUCCCAGGCGGAGCACAACCCCGGGACCUUCAGCGGCCGACUGACCGCACUGGAAGCGGCCGGGGAUGACAGCGAGUCCGGCUGCGGCGAAGAGGAGGCCAUGGGGGGCAGCGAUACGUUCAGUAGCCUCGUCGAAAUGGAGGUGGAGACGCUGGAGGAGAAAUUAAAGGGUCUGGCUUUUAGGAAACAGAUUUCGUAUAGGAAAGCCAUCUCGCGGUCGGGUCUCCAGCACUUGGCCCCGGUCCACAAACCCAUGCCCCCCAUCACCAACGGACCUUCCAAGGAGAUGCGCACGUCCGUCGACUGGACAGAGACUGCUGUGAACGGGGAACACCUGUGGCUGGAGACCAGUUGUUCUGGAGAGCUGUGCUACCUGGGAGAAGACACCUGUGUACUGAAGACUGCAAAGUCUGCCCCCAGGAGGAAGUGUGCAGCGUGUAAGAUCGUAGUCCACACCGCCUGCAUCGAGCAGCUCGACAAGAUUAACUUCCGCUGUAAACCAACAUUUAGAGAAGGAGGCUCUCGCUGCCUCAGAGAUAAUAUGUUGAGGCAUCACUGGGUGCACCGGCGCCGCCAAGAGGGGAAAUGCAGACAGUGUGGGAAGAGCUUCCAGCAGAAGUUCUUCCACAGUAAAGAGAUUGUGGCCAUCAGCUGCUCCUGGUGCAAACAAGCUUUCCAUAACAAGGUGACGUGUUUCCAGCUACAUCAGAUUGAGGAGCCCUGUUCUCUUGGCGCUCACGCCGGGGUCAUCGUCCCCCCCUCCUGGAUCAUCAAAGUUAGGAAGCCACAGAGCUCGUUCAAAAACUCUACAAGGAGGAAAAAACGCACAUCGUUUAAAAGAAGGACCAGCAAGAAAGGAACUGACGAGUCAAAGUGGCGUCCGUUCAUGCUGAAGCCCCUUCCCUCCCCUCUGAUGAAACCUGUUCUAGUCUUUGUCAACCCCAAGAGUGGAGGCAACCAGGGUACUAAGGUGUUACAGAUGUUUAUGUGGAUCCUGAACCCUCGCCAGGUGUUUGAUCUCUCCCAGGGAGGGCUCAGAGAGGCGUUGGAGUUGUACAGGAAAGUGCCAAACCUGCGUAUCCUGGCCUGUGGAGGAGACGGGACGGUGGGGUGGAUCCUGUCUGUUCUGGAUGAGUUAGGAAUGACCCCCCAUCCGCCUGUAGCGGUACUUCCUCUGGGGACAGGAAAUGACCUCGCCAGGACCCUCAACUGGGGAGGGGGUUAUACAGACGAGCCGGUUUCCAAGGUACUGUGUCAGGUGGAGGACGGCUCUGUGGUGCAGCUAGACAGAUGGAACCUUCAGGUGGAGAGAAGCCCCGCCAAGCCGGAGGAAGGCACACAGAAGCUCCCACUGAACGUGUUCAACAACUACUUCAGCCUGGGCUUCGACGCCCACGUCACACUGGAGUUCCACGAAUCCAGAGAAGCCAACCCUGAGAAAUUCAACAGCCGCUUUCGCAACAAGAUGUUCUAUGCAGGAGCUGCGUUCUCUGACUUCCUCCAGAGGAGCUCCAGGGAUCUGUCUAAACAUGUCAGAGUGGUGUGUGACGGGACGGAUCUCACUCCUAAGAUCCAGGAGCAGAAGUUCCAGUGCAUCGUCUUCUUAAACAUCCCCAGGUACUGUGCAGGCACCAUGCCGUGGGGGAACACAGGAGACCACCGGGACUUUGAGCCUCAGCGCCAUGAUGACGGCUGUAUCGAAGUCAUCGGCUUCACCCUGUCCUCCCUUGCGGCACUGCAGGUAGGAGGCCAUGGUGAGAGGCUGCACCAGUGUAGAGAGGUGACUCUGACCACCUUUAAGACCAUCGCUGUACAGGUGGAUGGAGAGCCGUGUCGCUUGGCCCCAUCAACCCUCCGCAUCUCCCUACGCAACCAGGCCAACAUGGUACAGAAGAGCAAGAGACGCACCUCCGUACCCCUGCUCAAUGACAUUCAGAAAGUGUGUGCAGCAGACCCGCGUCGCCUUUCUGCUCCCCCUGACUCCUUCUCUGUCCCCCAUGCUGUCCCCGAGCGCCUGCGCCUCAGAGUCAACCGUAUCAGUCUGCAGGACUACGACAGACUACAGUUUGACAGGGAGCGACUCCGAGACAUCUCGAUCGCUGUGGGGAUUGUGGUGGUGAGAGGUGACUGUGACCUGGAGACCUGCAGACUCUACAUAGACAGGCUACAGGAGGAUCUUCAUCAGGCUCCAUCUGCUGGCCACCGAGUGCAUUACCAGGAUGAGUGUCGAGGUCUACCGCGACCUGGCUCCGCCCACAGACUGUCCCCCAACUGGAGCUUCCUGGACUCUACGUCUGCAGACCGUUUCUAUCGCAUAGACAAGGCCCAGGAGCACCUGCACUAUGUGACAGAAAUCUGCCAGGAAGAGGUGUUUAUCCUGGACCACGGUGGACUAGCGGGGGGACCGGCCACAGGCAUGCCUGACCUGGUGGUGGAGCCCAACUCUGGGAGCCCUCUGACGUCUGAGGAACAAGCAAUGCUGAUGGCUGCCUCCUCUGGGGACCUGACUACGUUGUCGGGCAGCUUCUUUCGCGGGACCAGCCUCCUGGUGAGGGAUUCUACUGGUUGUAGUGCACUACACCUGGCCUCUCAGCACGGACACACUGAAGUGGUCCACUUCAUACUGGAGCACGGGUCAAAGGUGCUCCUGGAUUUAACCAACAGAGAAACAGGAGACACUGCCUUGCACAAAGCGGCCUCUCAGAGGCAUCACGCUGUGUGUCAUCUUCUCAUGGACUCCGGAGCUUCCCUCAUCAAGACCAACUUCAAGUAUCCACACACAUGUGUGGCUGUGUGUGUGUUCACAGGGCAAGACACCAGUGGAGCAAGCUCGUAACGCGGGGGACCAAGAGCUGGCCUCCUACCUGACCAGCAAACAGCUCCCUACCACUGUCUCCCAUGAAGAUCUGGAGACUGCUGUGUGAGAGAGAGAGAGAGCGAGAGAGAGAGAGAGAGAGAGAGAGAGAGAGAGAGAAAAUAGACUACACGCGGAGAGAGGGGAAGACAGGGAGAAGAGGAUGAGAGAUGGAGGAAAGAGGUUAGCCCCCUUCACCUCCAUAGAUUGACUGAGGGAUGGACAGACAGAUGGACAGACAGGAGCGGCCUGACGCGCUUUAGACUUCAUCAUCAGCAUGACUCUGUCCUGUCCUGCACAGGAAAAUGUUUCAUCAAAAUCAUUAUUUAUUGUUGGUUUUAUUUAUUCAUUAAUUUAUUGAUUGAUUGUAAACGUAUGGGAGUGUUGGGAUAUGGAGUUGCCUGUUGUUCACUGAAUGCCAGGGCCUGGGCUAGAUUAGGAUUCAGGGGGUUCGGGGUCAGGGAUCAGAGGUGAGGGUUCACCGACACACAGACCCUCUCUCAGUGCGGCCCUGCAGCCUUACACACUGUACCAACGCGGUUCAACCACAGUUAAACUGCGUACUCAAUGUACGUAUUUUCCCAGAAGGCCUUUGUGAAUCAUUCAGACGUGUGCCAAAUACACACAGCACUGUGAGGCAGGGACAGCACCCAGCGCCCUCCAUACUACUACCACUGCUACACUAGGAUACCACUACUGCUAUCCCAACAACACUGCUAGGCUUGUAGCCAUCCCAAUUCUAAGCCCCCUGGAGGCCAGUGUGGGAAAAGAGAGACAGACUGAUUCUCCAUGCAGCCCCGGGGACCCAUUACACACCCAACCUAGAGCUCUACCAGAGCAGCAUGUACACACCUACAGACUGUGUGUGUGUCUGUGUGUGUCUGUGUGUGUGUGUGUGUGUGUGUGUGUGUGUGUGUGUGUGUGUGUGUGUGUGUGUGUGUGUGUGUGUGUGUGUGUGUGUGUGUGUG